CGAGAAACUAGAUUAAUAUAACCUCUAAAUCGAAUGUUUUCGGUAAUCUAAAAUUGGUCUAGUGAGAUUAUUUACUUUUAGUUUGUUUUUUUAAAUUUAGAUUCAGAUCUAUUUAAAAAUGUGAUUCGUUCGUAUAAAAAAUCGUAAUUUUGUAAAAUAUGGAUAUGAAAAUAUAGGUAGUGAAUACUUUUUACGAUGGUAGAUACACAACAUUUUUGCCUACGUUGGAACAAUUAUCAAAGCAGUAUAACAUCAGCCUUCGAGAACCUACGAGACGAUGAAGAUUUUGUAGACGUCACUUUGGCGUGUGACGGCAAGAGCCUGAAAGCACACAGAGUCGUCCUAUCAGCGUGCAGUCCAUAUUUUAGGGAAUUACUUAAGAGUACUCCCUGUAAACACCCUGUGAUAGUUCUCCAAGAUGUCGCCUGGACGGAUCUUCACGCCUUGGUGGAGUUCAUCUACCACGGCGAAGUUAACGUGCAUCAGCGCUCCCUAUCGUCAUUCCUCAAAACGGCCGAAGUUCUCAGGGUUAGCGGUCUCACGCAACAACACGGUGACGGCCGAGAUCAGUUGGCACAAGUACAAAGUAUGGUCAGAUCACAACAGCAACAAUCCACCCCAUUAUCGAACCAUCAUCCAACGUUCACAGACAAGCUAGUAGAAGAUAGUUUAUUCACCUCCCCAUCCUCCCCGCCUCACGGCGCUACUGUAAAUCAAUUAUUAAGGCGAGCAGCGGCGUUACAAUACAGGCGAGAAAGGAGGAUAUCAUCAGACCCAGAAAACGAACAUAAAAGAGCAAGAGCUGACCACAUUAUCAGCAAUAACAACAACAACAAUAACAAUAAUGAGUUGAAUUUGUCGACGUCGCAUCCUCACCCCCCGCCCCAAACGCAGCCAGCGGAUUUUUCUCCAAGCGCCAUGAAGAAUAACGUGCUCAAUUUGAAUUUAAAUUCGAUAAAAAACGACAUAGAAGAAAGAAAAUAUUUGUUCGCUACAGGGAAUGGAAUCAGCAGCACGGAUCGAGAAGCCUCCCCCUGUUCGCCGUCGCCCACGCUCCAUUCCCGAUGCAACAACAACGAUAACAACGACAACAACAACAUUAAAAACGAGCCCAUGGAAUUACUGUGCUCUACCAAUCAGGAAGACAACAGCAACGACUCCGCCGACAUGACCAACGAUAACGGCGGCGGGCCGGG